AUGGAUGUGCACGAACAUUAUCAUUUCAUGGAUCUAAGAACACAAGCUUAUAAUGCAAUGGGAAUAACUGAUGCAAGAUUUGAAUCCAUUGUGAAUCUUCAAGCCUUCAGUGAUGACAAUACAUCAGUUUUGGGAUGCAAAAAUAAUACGAGUCUCGAGUACCUUUUCAUAAGAUUCCCCAGGAUAACUCAACAUUUAAAGCGACAGCAGUCGACAAUGAGCUCUGCAAGCUUUGCCUGUUCCAAAUCUGUAAGAUUCCAAGAUGACCUAGAAACUGAAGAAUCUGCACCACCAAGAAAUGGAAAUUUCAUGAUCUUCACCACUACGAAAGUGGGGAAAGAAAUGCUCAAGUCUAUCCCAAAGAAUGCUGAGAUUUGUGCAAAAAACAAGCCGUUUCAGGAUAAGAAACUUUCAAGGGUAUUCUCCGAGGACUACGAGAUAGUGCAGAAGAAGAUAUUAGAUCCACGAGGACCUUUUCUAAGCCAAUGGAAUAAAUGUUUUUUAGUCUCAUGUCUCAUUUCCCUUUUUGUCGACCCCCUAUUCUUUUACUUGCCGAGUGUUAAGGAGGACAUGUGCCUGCAAGCAAGCAUUCCCCUAAAGAUAGAUCUCACCAUCAUUCGUUCAGUAGUUGAUGCUCUUUAUAUGAUUCAGAUUUUUGUACGGUUUAGAACAGCUUAUGUUGCGCCUUCUUCUCGUGUGAUUGGGAGGGGAGAACUGGUUAUUGAUUCCUCAAAGAUUGCUUCAAGAUAUCUUCGUAAAGACUUUUGGCUCGACUUAUUGGCAGCUCUACCCCUUCCACAGGUGUUGAUUUGGGCUGCAAUCCCAUCUAUGAGGGGUUCGAAUGCGAUUACUGGAAAACAUACCCUGCGCCUUAUUGUCCUUUUUCAGUUCCUGUUGAGACUGUAUCUCAUUUUCCCCCUCUCAUCUAAAAUCAUCAGCACUGUGGGGGUUAUGGUGGAAGCUGCAUGGGCUGGUGCAGCUUAUAAUCUUAUGCUCUUUAUGCUGGCAAGCCAUGUCAUUGGUUCGUGCUGGUAUCUGCUAGCAAUCGAGCGUCAAGAGCAGUGCUGGAAAAUGGUUUGCGAUCUUCAGAAACCAAAAUGCCAAUACUAUUAUUUUGACUGUCGAACAAGUGUUGAUUCUGAUCGGAUAGCAUGGUUUAUAUCAAGCAACAUCUCCAAACUAUGUAAUCCUAGAAGCGAUUUCUACAACUUCGGAAUUUAUGGUGAUGCAUUGACUUAUGGAGUUACAAUGUCAAGCUUCCUUAAUAAAUACUCCUAUUGUCUCUGGUGGGGAUUGAGAAAUCUGAGCUCCAUCGGACAAAAUCUCAUGACGAGCACCUAUGUUGGAGAAAUAGAUUUCGCCAUAGUCAUUGCCAUCCUGGGCUUGAUCAUUAGCUAUUCUAAUAACGUUGUGCUACUUUACAACGAUAGAAAGAGGGAGAAGGCAUAG